UUUCCCAAUAAAAGCUUCGCGUUUCCCCUACUCGACCUCCGCCUCCAUUCUACUCUCUCUCCGUCCUGCGUUAUCCGGCUGGUACUCUUUGGCGAACGACCGCCCGUGGAACAUCCAGUCAAGUCUCCUAUAUGCUGGUGCUGGCUGCUAUUGCUGCGAAGUGAUUUUGUCUACCUAGGACCAUAUUUGUGCUGCAAAGUAGUUUUGCACUAUAUCUAGCAUUGCAGCUGGUACUGGGACGUCAUUGGGUUGCAAUAUCGUUUACGCUUUCUGUAAGCCAAUGAUAUUAUGGAGUUCUUUCCUUUAAUUAUGAUUAAAGUUUGUAAUUUGGCAUGGCGAGGUUGAAGACUAAAAUACAGACAUUCCGUCUUCUAACUGUUGCAGCAAAAAGUUUACGUCAUUUUUCUGAUAUGGCAGCAGAAGGUGGAAAAAGCUUUGCUAGGAGAGACCUUCUCCUAGAAAUUGAGGCAAAGGUUCGAACUUGGUGGGAAACUGAACAUGUUUUCAGGGCUGAACCCUCAGAAAUGCCUCCUAGACCAGGAGAGAAGUUUUUCGGGAACUUCCCAUUUCCAUACAUGAAUGGUUUUUUGCAUCUUGGGCAUGCAUUCUCGCUUUCAAAGCUAGAGUUUGCUGCAGCUUAUCAUAGACUAAGAGGUGCCAAUGUGCUGCUGCCUUUUGCCUUCCAUUGCACCGGCAUGCCCAUCAAAGCCUCAGCUGAUAAACUUGCUCGAGAGAUCCAACAGUUUGGGAAUCCUCCUGUUUUCCCAGGUGAAGUGGAGGAUCAAGGAAGCCAAGAGCUGGAAGUAGAGGAUGCAAAUGUUGCCAAACCUCUGGAUAAGUUUAAAGGUAAAAAGUCCAAGGCAACAUCAAAAUCAAGUGGGCAAGCAUACCAGUGGGAGAUCAUGCGUAGUUUUGGCCUCUCUGACUCCCAGGUAGCAGAAUUUCAGGAUCCAUAUAAGUGGUUAGAGUUCUUCCCUCCAAUUGCAAUGGAAGACCUUAAGGCUUUUGGCUUGGGUUGUGAUUGGAGACGCACCUUUGUUACUACAGAUAAGAACCCAUAUUUUGAUUCCUUUGUGAGGUGGCAGAUGAGGAAAUUGAAAUCCAUGGGUAAGAUUGUAAAAGAUGUUAGAUACACAAUAUACUCUCCGUUGGAUGGGCAGCCUUGUGCAGAUCAUGAUAGGGCUACUGGUGAAGGAGUUCAACCCCAAGAAUACACCAUCAUCAAGAUGGAGGUGAUGCAGCCUUUUCCUCCUAAAUUGGGAGUGUUGGAGGGGAGAAGAGUAUUUUUGGCCGCAGCGACAUUGCGACCUGAGACUAUGUAUGGGCAAACAAAUGCAUGGGUAUUACCAGAUGGGAAGUAUGGAGCUUUUGAAAUCAAUGAAACAGAUGUUUUUAUUCUUACACCUAGAGCAGCGCUUAAUCUUGCCUAUCAGAAGUACUCUAGGGUCCCAGAAAAACCUACUUGCUUGAUUGAGCUGACAGGUUAUGACUUGAUUGGUCUUCAAUUGAAGUCUCCACUUGCAUUCAAUGAGGUCAUUUAUGCUCUUCCUAUGUUAAGCAUCCUUACAGACAAAGGUACUGGAAUUGUUACCAGUGUACCCAGUGAUGCUCCUGAUGAUUACAUGGCUUUGCAUGUUUUGAAAAUGAAACCAGCUUUCAGGGAGAAAUAUGGUGUCAAGGAUGAUUGGGUUUUGCCCUUUGAGAUUGUGCCUAUAAUCAACAUUCCAGAAUUUGGAGACAAGGCUGCUGAAAAAGUUUGUAUCGAUUUGAAAAUAAAAAGCCAAAAUGAAAAAGAGAAGCUAGCAGAAGCUAAGAGGUUGACAUACUUGAAAGGAUUUACGGAAGGAACACUGCUUGUUGGUGAAUUUGCUGGAAGGAAAGUACAGGAAGCAAAGUCCUUGAUAAGGAGCAGGCUUAUAGAAACAGGUGAAGCGAUUAUAUACAGUGAACCGGAGAAGCGAGUAAUGUCAAGAUCUGGUGAUGAAUGUGUUGUGGCCCUUACAGAUCAAUGGUACAUCACAUAUGGUGAGAAUGAAUGGAGGAAAUUGGCUCAGGAGUGUUUGUCCAGCAUGAAUUUGUACUCUGAUGAGUCACGCCAUGGAUUUGAGCACACUUUAAGUUGGCUUAACCAGUGGGCUUGCUCACGAACAUUUGGGCUUGGGACACGCAUCCCUUGGGAUGAGGAAUUCUUAGUCGAGUCAUUAUCUGAUUCAACUAUUUACAUGGCUUACUACACCAUUGCACACUUGUUGCACGAUGAAGACAUGUAUGGAACAGGUAGAUCUCCAGUUAGGCCCGAACAAAUGACAGAUGAGGUUUGGGAUUAUGUUCUGUGUGAUGGUCCAUAUCCAGAAUCAUCUGAUAUCACUUCAUCAAUUCUGAAGAAUAUGAAGGAGGAGUUUGAAUAUUGGUACCCGUUUGAUCUUCGAGUUUCUGGUAAAGAUCUAAUCCAGAAUCAUUUGACUUUCUGCAUUUAUAACCAUGUGGCAAUUAUGUCCAAGAAACAUUGGCCUCGUGGCUUCAGAUUGAAUGGACAUAUUAUGCUCAACUCUGAGAAGAUGUCCAAAUCAACUGGGAACUUUAGGACAUUGCGCCAAGCUAUUGAGGAAUUUUCUGCUGAUGCGACACGAUUUUCUUUGGCUGAUGCUGGUGAUGGCCUUGAUGAUGCAAAUUUUGUAUUUGAGACUGCAAAUGCUGCAAUUCUAAGGCUCACGAAAGAGAUUGCAUGGAUGAAAGAAGUUAUGGAGGCAGAUUCAUCCUUGAGGAGAGGCCCCCCUUCUACUUAUGCUGACUAUGUAUUUGCAAAUGAGAUAAAUAUUGCUGUUAAAAUGACCGAGCAGAACUACCAGGAUUACAUGUUUCGAGAAGCCCUCAAGACUGGAUUUUAUGAUCUUCAAACUGCCAGGGAUGAAUAUAGGUUUUCAUGUGGUUAUGGGGGCAUGAAUCAUGAUCUGGUAUAUCGCUUUAUGGAUGUGCAGACACGGCUUAUCUCUCCAAUAUGUCCACAUUAUGCAGAAUAUGUAUGGAGGGAACUUUUGAAGAAGGAAGGGUUUGUGGUUAAAGCUGGUUGGCCUGUGUCUGCUACACCAGAUUUGACCUUGAAGAGUGCCAAUAAGUAUUUGCAAGACUCGAUAGUUCUGAUGAGGAAGCUGCUUCAGAAGCAAAUUUCAGGUUCAAAGAAAGCCAACAAUAAGGGUGCAUCAGCUACAACGUUGACUGAAGACAAGCUGGUAGGAUUGAUAUAUGUUAAUGAACAAUAUGAUGGAUGGAAAGCAGAAUGCUUGAGAAUGCUGCAAAGCAAAUUUGAUGUUAGUACUCGUAGCUUUAGCUCAGAUGUGGAUGGGGAAAUAUUGGAGGCCAUAAAAAAUAGCUCAGUUUGUCCAGAUGUCAAUUUUAAGAAAACCCAAAAGAUUUGUAUGCCUUUCUUAAGAUUCAAGAAAGAUGAGGCAAUUGCACUUGGGGUCCAGGCUUUAGACUUGAAACUACCAUUUGGAGAGAUGGAUGUUCUCUCUCAGAACUUAGACUUAAUUAAGAGACAAAUCGGUCUUGAAGAGGUGGAAGUAUUGUCUGUAUGUGAUCCUGAUGCUCUUGCUAGAGCUGGUCCUCUUGUUAGACUAAUUGAACAGAACCCUCCAACCCCUGGAAACCCGACUGCAAUCUUCUGUAGCCGGUAAUUUGAAGUAUGAGAGAAACAUGGUGUAAAUCUUGCUGCAUGAAUGGCUUGUAGAGAGAGAAUCAACAAGAGGAUAUCUCACAGACCAAGUAUUAUGUCAUCUUUAAAGUGAAUGAGGGGAUUGUAACUUGUGCUUCUGGAGGUCAACUGGGCUGAAAUCUUUUUUCUUUUUGUGCUUGUGGCUUUACCGGUUUAGAACUUUUCUAAUAUUGGAGCUUAAAAAAUUUUAUCAAGUUAUUAUUUUCUUUGGGUUUGAAACUCCUAUACUAAUUUGAUUUUAACAUAUUAUAGUUGCGGUUGUUGAUUUGAAUCAGUUUGAUCUGUUGUUAAAAGUUUUGAAUUUAUGACAUGUAGUCGAUGUCUUCAAUUAUUUUGAGGGAGAAUUGUAAAGUUUCAGUUAAUUAGUUGGCUACUCUGACAAUCAAGUUUCUGAAUGGAAGUAGAAUGACAAGCUGGGUUUCCA